UCCUUCCUGCAAAGCCUUCCUGGAAAAUUUACGGGCAGUCUCUCAGAAAUAGCCACUCUCUUUCUCACUCUCUCUCUUCCCUCUGAUAUUCUAUAUCUUAGUUUCUCUGUCUCUACGAUCUUCAUCGGACGGUCCAGAAUGAGCGGAGCCUCUAACGCUGGUUUUCUAGGGUUUUAGAGCUUGGAGCCUUCAGAUCUGCUCUCUCCGUGCUUAGAUCUUGGUUUCUGGUUAAAUUUUGCCGUACCAAUGGAGGUUAACCAUGGUUCACCCCGAUUAACAGUUAACCAGAGCACGCUAAAGUGCGCUGGUGAAGCUUUGGUCACGGUGUUGGUGUCAGCUCUGGUCAACAGCCAACUCUCAGGUUCAGCUCAAGAUGCCUUUGGAUCCAACAAACCUAGAAUCAAGGGAGAUCAUCACGAUCAAAGGGAAUCCAAGCCAUUUGAUGCUGAGGGUGAUGAUGGUGAUGAUGAUGAUGAUGGGGAGGAGGGGUUCGAAGGUGAUGAAGAGGGUGAAGAAGAGUUGUCAUCUGAAGAUGGAGGUGAUUAUGCAAACAAUUCCAACAAUAAGAGUAACUCAAAGAAGGGUCCAGAGGGAGGUGCAGGCGGAGCUGAAGAGAAUGGAGAAGAGGAAGAAGAUGAUGAGGAGGAAGAUGGUGAAGAUCAAGAUGACGAUGACGAUGAUGAUGAUGAUGACGAGGAUGGUGGUGAAGAGGAUGAGGAAGAAGAGAAUGAAGAAGAAGAGGAGGAAGACGAGGAAGACGAGGAAGAGGCUCUUCAACCUCCCAAAAAGAGGAAGAAGUAAAUUGGGAUUAUAGCAAAGCAAGCCUCUUCAGAACCUGCGACAAUGACUUGUUCCCUAACAUUAUGGUCUUAAUUCUUAUUCAGCCGGAGAAGGCCCUGUUAGCUUUGAUGUUAUCAUAUUUCCUUUGAAUUGAUUAGAGUACCAAACUUUGAAACUGCAAACUGCGGCAAUGAUGAGAUUAAGAAUCUGUUAUUAUGUUUUCGAUUCA